AUGUAUUGUUCCGAAACCAUGGUUUUCAAUUAUGAUGAUGGAAAUCUUAGAGAUAAUUUUACUAUAAGCAAUAAAGAUAAAUUAACUUUUCUUAAUGAGAUUAAGGCAAUAUCAGAUGCAAAUGCAGCUCCUGUUUCACCAGAAGAAUUACAAAAGAUUUAUAACAAUCUAUCUCUUCUGGGGCUUAUGUAUUUCAAUCUUAUUAACAACAACGAAGAUAAAAUUGCUUAUCUUAAGGUUAUAUUAGAUGAAAAAAAGAAACAACAUUAA